CACCGCAGGCCGCAGCAGCAGCAGCAGCCGCGCGCGACACAGCAGCAGCCGGAGAGGCGCGCUAUGCGCUCACCGUGGAGGCGAGGGUGAUACGCUCGGGACACUCGUUUCUGCGCGCGGUGCGCACGGGAUUCAUCGUCGCGCCUCGGCGCCGCUUCCAGUGCCGGUUCGUCGCGGCAGCGGGUUGGCGAACCCGAGUCGCCGAGUCGCUCGCAUCCAGGUGGUGCGACAGCCUCGCAGCAUCCUCCAGUCACGGUGAGGAUAAAUAACGGCGAGAUAAACCGCAGCCACCCCCCCCCGGUCGUGCGUGGCCAUUCGUCGCGUUAUCCUCGUCACGAGCGGUCGCGGAGCGAUGUUUAGAACCCCGAGAGAGUUUGUUGGUGUCGUCUGGUGAACGCGCCCGACUCCCGGUGCAAUUGACUCCCGUGCACUCGGCCGACGUUAACCUCUCGCUCGGCCGCGCGCAGCCAGCGCGUCGCGGACGCGGAUAACUAGUGCCAACUGGUGCCAGUGGCCAUGCCUCUUCUUUUCCCACUGCUCAACGACAACAGCAACAGCGAGGUUUGACACGCUUGGUCGUUGGCGCACGCGAUACGCUCCAACCAUGAAAACGGAAAAGAAACCCAACGAGCCCAGCUGUUGUCCACCUACCACGGUUGCCAAGGAUGACUCUGACGCCGAUCCGGUUAAGAAUAAGGACGAGGGUACAGGUAGUAAUAACGACGACACGACUGGGGAGGAUACAGCGGAUUGUUCGAGAGAUCCUUGCCUCGAUUCGUCCAACGGCGAAAGUACAAUGUCCGUGGAGAAUCAGAAUACCAAUGGGAAUCAGCCGAUCCUGAGUUCUCUUAAACAAGAGGGAGACCCUAACAAUCCCACCGAUGAGUUACCUGCAGAGAGCAUUCAACCUCUUGUUAGUAAUGUUGUGGGAAAACAGAUGGGAACUAGUGCAAGCAGUGGCGAGGCUCAGUAUAUGCAACAGCAGAGCCAAAUUUUUGUAUUUUCUACACAAUUAGCAAAUACAGGCGCAGAUGCAGUAUUGAGAGGCGAAUAUCAUUCGAUCAUCGCUUAUCAUUUUGCACAGCCAGCCACUAAAAAGUUUUUGGAGGUAUAUGAUACAUUAUUGAAGAAACAUCCAAAUAAAGUAAAUCAUUUUCGCCAAAAUCCUGCUCAAUGGUUAAAUAAUCUUGCUAUGAUAAAACAGAAAGGCCAUCAGGGAAAUGCGAAUAAUACUUUCCCGACUGAACAACCCCCGGAUUUACCAGCAUUAGAUCCAAAUGCUCCACAAUUUUGGAACGAACAACCCAACUUGCGAAACAUAAACGGUGGAAAUUCCCUCGGUAAUGCCGAGCCAUCACUCGAUGAUGGAAAUCUAGACGUAGUGCCUUGUCUUGUGCCGAAUUCACCUGGUAAUUCAGCCAAUCCUCAACCCACUAAUAACGCUACCAUGGGCCACAGUCCAAAUUUAUUAGGUGGCACAACGAGUCCAGGCCCAGGUGGCUUACAACCAUCGCUUCAAGGUGUCAAAGUUCCAGACGAAAAUUUGACACCGAGACAAAGGCAACACAGAGAAGUUCAACUAGCGACUUUGCGAAAAAUGCAGCUUAUGUUGUUUAAGGAUGAACAAUCUGGCAAUGCUUUAGCGGAUACGACGCAAGGAACGUCGUGUCCUACCGCGAAUGUUCCUUCCGUUGGUUCCGUACCAAAUCAAUGUUCUCCAUCUAUGGAUUGGCAUAAGUUGCAGCAUCAAUUUCUCGAUGGAAAGAAUAAAGCAACGGUUGGUAAUCCAGGUACGGUACCGUUGCGCGGUGCUAACAUGGUCAGUGGAGUACCGCGAAGUCAAGGCCCACCACCUCCGUAUCAUCAAACAACACGAUCCGCCAGUGUACCAAUCGCGAUUCAAAGUCCAAAUCCGUCGUCGCCCAAUAAUCCAACCAGCAAUCUAUCGCUACCGUCACCACGCGCGAGUUCCGCUUUGAAUUCGCCGGCAGAUUGUAACAGACAGUUCCAGCUGGGUAAUCAAAGGACUAGUCAUCUGCCGGGACAAAGUCCGACGAGUCAGGAUUCUCCAAAUCCAGUUGUCACAGCAACCGUCUCGACGACACGAUUGAACCAUAGCAAUCCAGGAACACCAGUCUCUCAUUCUCAUAUCGCCGCUCUUAGUCCAAGCGGUACUACUGCUCAAAAGGAUUCUUCUCUUGAUUUCUCUACUAAUCAACAGCCAAAUGUGGAUGGUAUGUUUUGCCGAACGUUACAAUCCUUAGCUCAACAGAAGCAGCAACAUACCGGAAACGUUAAUGCAGCGACCGUGAAAGAAGCAAAUUUAAUGCCAGUGCCGAGCCCUCUUCAACUUCAAUAUCUUAACACGUUCGAAGGACAAGAAUUGACUAUUCAGAAACAACCUAAUACAAGUCUAAAAGAUGGCAAUUCGUCUACAAACACAGCCAGCUCUUCAGAAAUGCCCAACAGAAUCAUGGCGGGAAAUCUAGAUAACAACAACCAGUUCCCAACUAGAUCGGAAGGCGCGAGUCCGGUACAGAUGGACAGUAUGAAUCGAGGCUUUGCAGGUUCUCUGCAUAGUCCUCACACACCGCACACACCGCAUACACCGGGCAGCGCUGCGCCACAUACUCCAGUGGAUCCCGCGAAACAAGGCAACAAGUCUAGUGCGAGUGCACAGAAUAGUCCAACGCCCCACAACACCAGUAUACCCGACAGUAUGGGUCCUCCGCGAACGGUACCGGCAUCGCCUACUAUGAAACCUGAUACAUCGCCGCCAUGCGUGAAAGACGUCCAGCAGCAACAACAACAAACGCAAUCGCAACAACAGCAGCAGCAGCAACAGCCACAACAACAACAGCCUACAGUGGUGAAUCCGAACAAUUCUGGUAACACAACGGUAGUACCGUCGUUGAGCGGUGGCGGACCUGGUGGUGGCGCCUCGUUUGCUUGCGGCAGGCCGUCCAUAAACGUGAGUCAAUCUGACAACGUGCCUCUUAAUCCCAACAACAUAGUCGGCGGUCGACUCGGCGGCUUGAACACUAUGAGUACGAAUCACUUUGAUCCGAUAACGUCUCUGGCGCAAAUGAGUCAGCAGCUCACAAAUACGGCGGCUAGCAACUCUUUAGGCAAUGAGCCCAUGCAUUCUGGCAAUGCUGCUGGCAUGAUGCCGUUCGGCAAUCCGCACGCCGCCGGCAUGCACAUGAUGCAGAUGGGCGGCGAAAUGAACGGGAGCUGUCAUAUGGGCGCGAACAGCGGUGAGCCUGGUGGUGGUGAGGUUGGCGGGAUGUGUAUGGGUCUCACGGGUCCACCAACGAGCUAUAGCCCUACUUCACACACAGGCAGUCCUAGCGGGAUCCCCAGUAAAAUGGGAGGACAUUCAAUGAUGGGUGGUCACGGAAUGAUGGGCGGUCAUUCGGGUACCGGCGGCCCAGGCGGUGGUGCUUAUCCCGGUGGCGAUCCUGGCCAUGCGCCUCCACCGAGACUGAUGACCGGACCACAUGGUAUCGCCGGACCGAGUCCAUAUAACGGUGCGAGCGUUCAGGUAAAGCCUAACGCGCCCAAUACCAUACAGUACUUGCCGGCCAGGCCGAAUGUCGGCCAUGCGCCACCACGUGGCCCACCGAGUCUAGAUUUCCUUCAACGAUUCACCAAUCCGUUAUCCAAUAUGGAAUCAAAGAUGGGUGGGUCACCUUCCAUGAAUCUACAGUACUUCCCAAACGGUUGUGUACCGAACAAUAUGGGGGGUCCGCAUAGCGGUAUGCCGUCCAGCAUGAAUACCACCGGGAUCCCCGGCAUGGGCGGCGCGCCUAGGAUGGACGGUCAGUCCAUGAAUACUUCCGGCACUAUACACCCGUCCAUGAGACCAUCGGUCGGCAACAUGCGACCGCAGUCGAAUCUAAUGCGGAUGCAGCACAUGGUAGGCGGCGGCGUCUUCCCGGGCGGCUCCAUGGAUCCCGAUAAAGUCUUCCCGCCUGACAUGGUGUCGCAGAAUCUGCCGAAUCAGCCGAAUCCGGCGGGCAUGUACGGUGUGUCUGGCAAUAAGGCCAGCCCAAUGGGACUAGGACCGCCGCCCGAAGCUACUCAGCCACUACCGCCGAGCAUGGGUGGCGCGACCGGCAACUUUAAGAACAAUCCGUUUGGCAGUGGACCAAGUAUGUCCGAUCCAAAUUAUGCUCAACAGUUUCACAACUUCCAGCAACAGCUCUACGCCACCGGUACCAGAGGCAGCGGGCCGCCGCAUCCUAAUUUGCAUCCGCCGCCGAACUCGCAUUCGCAUCAGCAGUUUUUCAUGCCGAAGUAAAAAAAAAGAAGAGAAAAACUGUCCGGUGUUGAUUGAUCCAUAUCGCGAUGACGAUGACGAUGACGAUUUUACGGUGGCCUUUCAGCGUGUCCCUCUCUUUUUCUCUCUUUCGCUCUCUUUCUAUCUUGCAUCUGUCAGGGAGAUGUUUCUAUUAUAAUCAUGCAAAUUAAUUCUGGAAAUAUAAACUGUGCUAUAGAUAUAUAGCAAACCUUGUAAAGGACAGAGAAAAAUAAUGAUAAUUAUCAACGAGCAUGGCAGACAGCUAACUUUGAAGAUAAUCUUUAUGAUUGGCAUGCGACGAGAAUUCGAGAUUUAAUUUCAACUCUUAAUUUGUUAUUAUGGCGUUAGUGACGUAUACAUUAUGCCAAGUUUUUUUUCUUUCUUUUUAUCUCUUUUAAUUUGUGGAUCACGACACCGAGUCGCAUGUCUCUAGAAAAAUGUUAUUCCGAUACAUCUUAAUAGUAUCGUUUUACACUGAAAUUGUCCAGGGGUUUAUCUGUAAAUUGUAAACGUUAUUAACGGAGACGUGAAGUACUCGCCUACGCGUUCGUGUAAAUACUGAUGUACAAUCCGACGUUUUUUUUUACUUUUUCUUUUUUGUUUUUAUAAGUCGUUUUAUUUCGAUCGAGGAGCAUUGUUAGAUUAAGAAAUACGUUACUGUAACUAGAAUGUAAAAAGAAAAAGAAAGAGAGAGGAAGAAAAUAAGCGAGAUCUCUCUUCUCUUUGCGUUUCGUUUAUAAUAGUUUGUUCAGAUUAAAAUAAUAAUUGUGCGUAUGGUACGAGCGAGAAGAUUCUGGUACACUGGUGCCGCGUAAUUCAUCCUUCCUUUAUCACUAAAAUACUUAAACACAGUCAAACAAGCUCAAAUUUAUUAUUGUACAUAUAUACCAUAUACAUAUUAUACAUAUUAUAUAUAUAUACAUAUAUACAUAUAUAUAUAUAUAUAUAUACACACCUGUUGCAACAUAAUCCUUCAAUAUCGCCCGUCC